AUGAUAGCGAAUACAAAGUUAGUCAACUAUCUACUGACCUGUAAAUGCUUAAAUCAAAUGUCUACAAGAAAAGUUCAGUGUUAUUCUGGUGAAUCUGCUUCUUAUUCAUCAACUGGGGCUGUUCACUCUAAACCGAUAACAACUAAUCAAGGUUUAAUUAAGAUAUUGUGUACUAUAGUAUCAUCUAUUUAUCUUGGUUCAUGGAUUAGUCGAAGUGGAGCGGAAUUCUUAGAAGAUAAUGAGAUUUUUGUUCCGGAUGAUGAUUAG